GUGGUUCUACCUAGCUAUAUUUAUAUUGAUGUGACUGUAAAAUGGUCAGUGAAGUUUAGAUAAAAAAUGAGGAAUUGAAUGGCUUUCUAUAGUUGGGCAUGGUGGCACGUGCCUUUAAUUCCACAGAACUUGGCAGAUCUUUUUAAGUUCAAAGCCUUUCCGGUCUUGAAUAGUAAGCUCCAGGCCAGUCAAUGUUAUAUAAUGAGUCCAUGUCUCAAAAUUUAACCAGACACUGGAGCUUGUGUUGCCUUACUCCACAGAAGCCAGUGUGUAGUGUCAGAAAUGGACAUCACUUUACUUAGAGAGCUGCCAAUCUGAGAAGGCAACAAGUCAACAGCCUCACAACCAUUUCAUGUCUCCCUUCCAGGCAGCAGAUUAUCAGGAGGAAGGUGAGGGUGAAGCACCCAGUCAUUCUGAAUUUAGUCUCUGAGCAGCUGGUCAGUUACAUGUUUUCAGAGUUCUGAUAUCUUCAUUUCUCUCAUUGAAAUCAACUAACCUCUUCCCUCAUUCUGUAGAUAACAAGUUCAGGAUCCUCUUGUGACAGGUCCAUUUAGACUUGCUGAAUUUAUCCUGAUAACUCUUAUAGAAGUAUCUAGACAGGAAUGGUGUGGUAGCUCCGAACAGACAAUCAUGUAAAAAUAUCAAGCUAUUCAUAUGUGAGUUAUAGGCUCCUUUUUACAACAUGGAGUACACCUAGUGCCUUUAUACAGACUAUAUAUGAAAGUGCACCUACCAGUCUUCUCUGGUCUCUGCCGCUUGAAGUUUACAUGAAUGAUCUGGUAAGAGAAACAAUCAUAAAAGCAGGGAAAAGGCCAGAAACCAUUACUAUUCAGCCACAGAAAGCAUGCUUUAUAAUGGGCUGAGGAUAAAAACCCCCGGGAAUGAGAACUGGGUCCCAUUGUCUAUUUGCUCCCAAAGAAGUUUUCUGGGUCUGAGCAAACAACACAGGUUUGUCUGCUCACAGAGUAAAUAGGCAAACUUAAGUAUAUUGAAGAUUGAAGACCAGUUCCUUCUAUCAGGGCACAUACCCAGGAAAAACAUGCACAGUUAAAUGAAGUGGAAAUUUCUGGUUUCUUUGAAGACUCAGUUGUAUCUUGUGAGGUUUUACUAGAAACAGUCUUUAGAGGAUGAUUUUCCUGAACAGACACAUGGGAGGAUGUUUUGCUGAGAACAGAUGUGUGAUGUUUUUCUGUAAGAUGCCUGGAAAAAAAGGGCAUGUGAUGGUUUGCUAGAGCAGAUGCUGGAGAGAACAUGCGAUGUUUGAAAAGGGUAUAAAUUUAACCCAACAAACAGUGGACGAUGCUGUGUGGUAUUGGUUUUCCUUGCUACUCUUUGCUAUCAUUGGGCUUUGCUGAUGAUGGUCUUUGCUGACAAUGCUGAAUAGUAUUGGUUCACCUUAACACUCUUUCUUUGCUGGUCAUCAUUUGUUGUGACUUCAUAGAGAGAAAUGCAUCACAGAACUUCUGGUGGUGUUCCAGUGCCUUCUUGAAGAUUCCAUUGUCUCCGACCAACUGGCAGACCCUCAGGGUUUCUUCUGGAUCAAACUGCUGUUACUGAUUUGUGAAUGGUGUUUCAAGUAGAUCCGGCUACUGCUGCUGAUUCCUGAGAACUGAACUGCUGAUAUCGAGAUAAGACAGAUUGAAUUCAUUACAAAGAACAAUUUCUAAACAGAUCCACAUGUGCCUUUGCUCUAUUAACCUUUCAUUUCCACUGCCUCUAGUGGGUGGAGGGAUACAAGGUAUCUUAGAACAUUUACACACACUUAUUAAAGUAAGAUUUUGAAAAUAUAAGCCUACAAUUAAAACCCAAGAACCUGAAUGCAGAGACAGAAGGACCUCUAAGAGUUCAAAGCUACAUAAUAGUGUUUUUCUUGCUAUGUAAAAAUUAGGGUUUGAGGCCUGGGACAGGAAAGAGAUAUCAAGAAUACAAAUUCUCAACUGGAAAUUAAGUAGUAUUUGUUGCUUAUCAGUCCUGGCACUAACCUUAAUUAGGCACAAUGCCUGUUUGGAUUAGAGUAACUUGAUUAGUCAUGGCUAUACCAUGCAAAGCUCAAAAGGAUCUCCCAAAAGGGAAAAUAAUAGGAACUUGACCCUUGGUUAAAUUUUCACAUGAACAGCCAGUCUUCAGUAGAAAGAUUUGAUGCAAGCCCCCACUACUCAGUGACAAGAAUAAACCAAGCAAGAAAGCAUAACACAUUUGACUUAGAAGGCUCAGAUCUUAGACUGAAAUAUCGUAUCAAAAAUCAACUUAAAUAAUUAUUUAAAUUAAUGAGUAGGGAUAUCAAGUUGGUUUGGUGGGGAAAAGGGCUUGCUAUCACCAAGCCAAAACCUGAGUUUGUUCUCCAGAACCCAAAAGGAGGAAGAAGAGAACUGACUUGUGAAAUUGUCCUCUUGACUUGUACACACACACACACACACACACACACACACACACACACACACAGUGUCAUGUGCAUUUGUGGGCUCCCAAUUCUAAAACUGAUUAACAACUGUUCAAUAUGUUUUGUGAAAGUCUAUCUAGACAAAUGAUGUGGGAAUUGCUGCUUUUGUUGAAGACUCAGUUGUGUCAUGUGAUUUUUUUUUCUGGAAACUGCCUUGUGAGAUGAUUAUUUGUGGAGAACAGACAUGUAGUGUUUUUCUGAAAGCUGGCUGUUGACAUUCGACGUUUUGCCAGGGCCAACACUUGAGAGGACACAUGAUGUUUGGAAAGAGUAUAAAUAUAACCCAACAGAUGGUGGACAAGAUUCUGGCAUUGGUUCUCCUUGCCACAUUUUGCUGGUCAUGGUUCGGUUUUGAUGACGCUGGUCUUUGCUGAUGGCACCCUUGCAUUGGUUUGACUUGCUUUCUCACUGAUCUUCACUUGUCAUGACUUCAUAGAGAAAAAUAGACCAAAGAACUUCUGGUGGUGUUCCAGCUGCUUCUUACCUCAUGCUGAUCAGCAUAGCCUUGAGCUUUCUUCUGGAUCAAAUCACUGCUAUACUGGUUCACUGUCUGGUGGUGUUUUCUGAGUAGACUGGACCGCUGACAAUGAAGAUUGGAAUCACCUCAAGUAACUAUUUCAAAACUGGUCCACAACCCCUGUUUCCUAUUAAACUUUCUUUCCCCCCACCUCUAGUGGGUGGUGGGCUAGAUGAGAAGUUGAAGCAUUAAAGAACCAUAAUUAAAGAAAAAUCUAAGCCUACAGACAAAGGUCAAAACACACCUUAGGAGAAAAUAAAGUACAAUAUUAAAGUCAAAUAGAAAAGCAAAAAAUUUUCUAGCCAUCACAUGAAAAAAAUUACUUUUAAAGAAACGUUAGAGAAAUGCAGCAAUGGCUUCUCAAUAUAAAUCUCAAGACCAACAACAAAUGAGUCACGUUUUUGACAUCUCAAAAGAGAAUUUUUGCACACUAGAAUUCUAUUGCUAGAGAACAGAUACCCAAGAAAAUGAAGUUUUCAGACAAAGAAUAUUAGCAAUAGGAACACUGAAAGAAAUAUGUUAUAAAUACUACAUUUUAAAAAAGCAUUCUAAAAAAAGCAUUCUAGAAGACAUCAUAGAAUUUCAGGAAGAAAGAAAAAAUGACUGAAAAUGAAUAUUGAUUGAGUGUUGAUUAUGCAGCCAACAAGAAUAGGGAGAUUAAUUAUUUCACAGCAUUGUGGAUGAAGAUAUAUUGCUGAAAUUUCUUAGGUAAGUUUUAAAGAAUGAUUCAAAGACUAAUUGAAAGAAAAUUUAAUAAAAAUAUUUGAGUGAUAUAGGAACAAAACACAGGGGACAAAUAAUAAUAUACUGUAAAUACAGAGAAAAUGGAUAGUACAUAAAUUAUAAAUGAACUAAAAUCUAAUUAUACAACUAAAAUUAUCAGACUACAUUUAAGAAAAAUUGUAAAUUACAUACAACCAAAUAAGUAUGUAUGUGCGAGGAAAGAAAACAAAAAGACUGAACAUUUAAAAAUGGUGUCAUCCAAAAUAAACCAAUGUAGUUGAAUUCAUUGAGUCAAGAGAAAGAGACUUAAAGGGAAAAACACUGCUGAUGUUAAAAAAACACUGAUGUAAAGGUGAAUGUAUAAUAAUGAUACACUUGUAAAUAUAGCAAAAAUAUGCUAUAUUAAGAUGUAAUGAUUUCCCAGAACUACAGUUAUGAAAAAGUUUAAAAAUCCAGAAAUUCUUUAAACUUAAAUAAUAGAACUCCUGAGUAAAGAUAAGCUCAGAACAGAAAUUUCCAUAAUUUUCAGCAAAAUAACAAUUAAGAAUGAAAAUAUUGGAACUUAAGUGAUGGGAACAGAAGGAACACAUGUUCAAGGCAGCCUAGGCUACAUAGCAAGAGAGCUGGUUUUAAAAUCCAAAAUUAAACAAACACACUAACACACUGCAGUAAAACUUGAAAGUUUAAAACCUUGAUUGUAUUAGAAAAAUGAGUAAGUUUGAUCUUGAGAAGUUAUACUUGAAACAGCAAGUCAAAUACAAGUUAAAAAGGAAGGGAGAGGGGAGAGAGAGAGAGAGAGAGAGAGAGAGAGAGAGAGAGAGAGAGAGAGAGCGCCCUUGAAUAAAGUAGAUAACAAAUAUUCAAGAGAGAAAAUGAGUCCCCUGUUGCUUUUUUCUAGUAAUUAAAACCAUUUAAAAUUCUUAAAUGUGACAAGAAAAAAAAUAAAACAAUAGCUUUCAACCCUCUUCCUAUUUAAAAAUGAAAGGGGAAACAGUUGUAGCAUGUGUCUUCAAUCCCAGAACUCAGAUGACAGAGACAGGUGAAUCUCUGUGAGUGUGAGGCCAGCCUAACCUACAUAGUGAGUUUCAGGACAGACAGACCUUCCUACAAAGAUGCUGACUCAAAAAAAAUGCAAGGAGUACUCUAAAGAAGUUUGUGCCAAUAAAGUUGAAAACAUAUAAAUUAUCUUUCAAGCUCCACUUUUUCCAAAACUAAAGUAAGAAAAAAAACUCAAAAUAAAAAAUUUUAACUAGCUUUUUAAAUAAUUUUGAAACAUAAAAUGCCUAGAAAUAUACUGGCCAUAACAUGAUUGCAUAGGAAGCUAUACAAAAUUUUUGGAAAAUCAUAAAAUCUAAAUAAGUUGAGUAAUGCUCACAAAUUUUCACUAAGUGAAGGAUUCAGUAGGUGAAAAGCUAGCUCUCCUCCAAUCAAUUUAUAAUAGCAACAAAUUCUUAAUGUUUCAAGACAUCUCUUAAUGUAUAUAUUCCACAUGAAAAUACAAACAGAAUAAUUGCAACUUUUAAAAAGAGGAUAGCAUUGAAGUUACUACAACAAAGGUAUAAUCCCUGGAACAAGAAGUGAUACUAUCAACGACUCAAAUCUUUUCUUCUGCAAAAUAUCCUAUAAAGGAAAUAAAGGAAAACUGUAGAUUGGGGAGAUGUUUCAAAAAACUUAUUUCAGAGAGUAUGGCUACAUAAUGUACACACAAAUUUAUAAAACUCAACAACAAUGAAGAAUGACAUGUAAAAGUUCUCCGAACCACACAGGUGGUCAAUAUGCACACAAGAAGCUGUGACACAUUAUAUGUCAUUCAAGAAAUGCCGGUUUAAUUCUGAGGUGCCAAAACAAGACUACUAGAAUGUCCAGACUGCAGAACACCAACAUUGUCAAACGCUGAGGGGGAGGGGGAGCACCUGGAACUCUGAUUCGUGGAAAUGGGGAUGACAUCUGAUGUAGCCACUUUGGAAGACAGUUGAAUGGUUUCUUCAGCAUUGAGUGUCCUCUUAUUAUGUGAUCCAGCAUGCACACUCUGCAGCGUUCAUGUAAAGAAAUGGAAAACACAGCUAAACAAAAAUGUGAACAUGUGUGUUUUUAGAAACAUUUACACACAUCAAAACUUAAAGUAGAGAUUUAAAGAUGGAGAUUCCUCAGUAGAGCGGUGGAUAAAUACAUUGUGGCAGAAGCAGAAAAUCAAGUGUUUAACAUCAAAAAGAGCCAACUCCUCAUAAAAUGGCAUUGCAAGGACUUAAGUGCAUGUACUUAAUGAAGGACGGCAAGCUGAAGACUCCUCCUUCUCUGAUUCUCACAAGACAUUUUAGAAAAGGAGAGAGCCAUGCUGACAGUAAAAAUAUCAAUGAUUUCCAGAAAUUCAGGAAAGGUGGGGAGAAAUGGGUAGAUUUAAAGAAUUUGGAGGCCAGGAAACCAAUCUAUUUGUCCAAAACUACAGAAUAUACAACAUCAAAGGAAAAAGUAGCUUACAAUUUGGGCUUGGUGGUAAAGAUGUGUAAACGGGAGCUUGAGGUUGCUCAGUGAAUAAGAACACUUACUGUUCUUCCAAAGGAUCUGACUUUCCAUUCCUAGCACCUACAUUGGACAGCCUGUUAAUUCUAGCUCCAGGGAAUCCAGUAGUCUCUUCUGACACCUACACAUAUUUGUCCUACAGUAACAUAGCUGUACACAAGAAUAAAAUAAAAAUAAAUCCUUUUUUAAAAAUAAAGUUAGUUGGGCUGUGGUGAUGCAGUUCUUUGAAUCCAGUACUGAAAGGCAGGAAGAUCUCUGUGAGCCCCUGUGAGCCCAGGUAGUUGAUUCUGUAGGUUUUCUUGUAGUGUCCUUGACCCCUCUGACUCCUAUAACCCUUCCUCCCCUACUUUAGUAGGAGUCCCUGAACUCAGCCUAGUGUUUGGCUGUGAGUCUCUGCAUCUGUUUCCAUCAGUUGCUUGAUAAAGCCUCUCUAAGGACAAUGGCUAAGCACCAAUCUCACAGUACGGGUCUCAAUAUGGACCCAUCAAAAAGUCGGCCAUUCCCACCAUUACCGUUCUACCUUUACAGCAGCCAUCUUUCAGGCAGGACAAAUUGUAGGUCAAAGGUUUGAUGACCAGGUUGGUACCCCAAUCUUUUCACUGGACAUUUUGCCUGGCUACAGAUGAUGCUGGUUCAGGAUCUGUAGCCCUCAUUUCUCAGAGUCUUAGCUACUGUAACCCUCAUAGAUUCCUGGGAGGUUUCAUUGCACUAGGUUUCUUUCUCACCUCUGAAAUGCCAACCUCCAUUCCAGUAUUCUCUCCCACAACUCUCUCCCCCAUUCUUCCCCCACCUGAUCCCCCUGUUCCUGUCCCCACCCACCUCCAGUCCACCUUCCAUGUCUAUCCUAUUUCAUCUUCCCAGGGAGAUUCAUGCAAACCCUUGAGCCCUCCUUCUUCCUUAGCCUCUUUGGGUCUGUGGAUUGUAGCAUGGGUGUACUGUACAUCUAAUGUCCCCUAUAAGUUUGUCUUUCUGGGUCUAGGUUUCCUCACUCAGGAUGUUUGUUCUAGUUCUCAUCCAUUUGCCUACAAAUUUUAUCAUAUUAUUUUUAACAGUAGUUUAAUACUCUAUUGUGUAAAAGUGCCACAUUUUCUUUUUCCAUUCUUCAGAUGAGGAACAUCUAGUUUGUUUCCAUGACUGUUAUGACUAAAGCUGCUAUGAAUAUAGUUGAGCUAGUGCCCUUGUGGUGAAUUAUACUUUACUGCACAAUUGAAAUGGAAAUAUCUGGUUUCCUUGGAGACCCAGUUGUGUCAUGUGAUGUCUUCCUGGAAACAACCUUAUGAGAAGAUGUUUUGCUGAAGCAGACAUGUGGGAGGAUGUUUUGCUGAAGCAGACAUGUGGUGAUUUUCUGGUUGAUACCCAGAAAAGGGGCAGGAGAUGUUUUGCUAGAGUGGGUGCUUGAGAGAACACAUUUGGAAAGAGUAUAAAUAUAACCAGACAGAAAGUGGACCAGGCUGUGUGGCAGUGGUAUUCCUUGCCUAUCUUUGCUGAUCAUUGUUGUGAUUUCAUGGAGAGAACCGCAUCAAAGAAUUUCUGGUGGUGUUGUAGUAGCUUCUUGACACUACAAACUUGAGCCAAUUGGCAGAGCUUUGGGGUUUCCUCUGGAUCAAACUGCCAUUCCUGAUUCAUGAAUGGUGUUUGGGAGUGGAUCAAGCGACAACUGCUGAUUUGUGUCAACUGAAUUGCUGAUAUCCUGACAAUGCUGUUGGAUUAGCUUCAAAGAACUGAUUCUAAGCAGGUCCAUGUCCUCCUUCACCCUAUUAACCAUUCUUUUCCACUACCUCUGGUCGGUGUAUGGCUAGAAGGGAGGAUAAAGCAUUUAAGUACCCUUAUUAAAAGUAGGUUGUGAAAAAUCAAAGCCUAAACACAAUAGCCCAAUCCCUAGAAAUAAGUUCAAAAUAAAUACAUACAUAUUGCAUACAAUGGUGAGUAUAAUAAUGCUCAUAGCAUUACCCUUUAACAAAAUUCAAAACUGAACAAUAACAUAGUUUGCAAACUGAAUCAAGGCAUACAUCUACAGAGGAGUCAUAUAAAACAAUGGGGAGAAAGGGCGUUAGAAAAACUUGUCACAUAUAACUUCACAAAUUCAACUAGCACAAGAGAGGAAUAAUCUAUAAACCCAUUUCAUAAAACUCCUAAGAAAGAUGAGUCAUGUGUAAUGGUGGCUGUCAGUAAGCUGCCUUUGUAGGGUUGACCAUCAAGUAAUAGCCACAGAGAGCAUGGUGAAUUUGGUACAUUUUAGGUUUCUUUUAUGUUCUGCUUGUAUGAACAUAUUAACCAUGGGACUUAUUUCUGUUGUGCGCCUUCUGAAUGUAUUUCCUAUAUUACCAAAAAUGUAUAAAAUUCAAUUAUUUCUGGGAAAAAUUAAUAAGAAACAUUUAGCUUAAUAAAUUAUAAGCCCAUAAAAAGGGUUUUUUUAUAUUUUCAAAAGAAUCCUGUUAAGAUUAGUAUACAAUAUUAACAGAUUUUAUUAUAAAUGUAUUUCCACGUAGUUUUAGCCCAGCAGAGGUAUGCUUAGCACUACUGAUAUAUUUAGUAUUUAGGAGAUGGAAUAAUUAAACUACUGGUUAUAGCUGUAACUCAAAACUGGUUAGAAUUCGGGACUAAACUAUAUGCAAUCACGAAAAGGGACGCGUGGUGGCGCUGUCUACUAAGAAAGAGAAUUAUGGGCUCUGCAGCUACCCAGAAAGCCAGGAAAGCUGGAAAACAGAGCGCUAUCUACUCCCUAGAAGAAGGAUUUGGGGUGUGAUCUAGGGGAGAGAACUCUGCGGACAGUGAGGCAUUAAAGAUUAAAUUCAAGGAUAUUUUACCAAAAGGUUUUUGUGGACUGAAACUGACUAGAAGAAGCACCGCCCUCUGGACUAAAUCUCAACAAUGGAGACCGCAUCAGAGAAAAGGCAAGUCGUUUUCCUUACUAUAUUGUUGCUAUUGUGGAAGUCUGACGCUGAGACAAUUAGAUAUUCAAUGCCAGAAGAAACAGAGAGUGGUUACUUAGUGGCUAAUUUGGCAAAAGAUCUUGGACUCAGGGUUGGAGAACUGGCCACUAGAGGGGCACGAAUCCAUCACAAAGGAAACAAAGACCUCUUGCAGCUGGAUGCAGAGACUGGGAAUUUAAUCCUGAAGGAAAAACCAGAUCGUGAGGUGCUGUGUAGGGCGACAGAACCCUGUGUGCUGCACUUCCAGAUCAUACUGGAAAAUCCUGUACAGUUCUUUCAAACUGAAUUGCAGCUCACAGAUAUAAACGACCAUGCUCCAGAGUUCCCCGACAGAAAAAUGCUUCUAAAAAUCUCCGAGAGCGCCCAGCCAGGGACCAUGUUUCCUCUGAAGGCAGCUCAGGACCCUGACAUAGGGAGCAAUGCUGUUCAGAACUACACAGUGAGUCCCAACCUCCAUUUCCACGUCAUUACUCACAGUCGCACAGAUGGCAGGAAAUACCCAGAGCUGGUGCUGGACAGAGCCCUGGAUAGGGAGGAGCAGCCUGAACUCACUUUAACCCUCAUUGCUCUGGAUGGUGGAGCUCCUUCCAGGUCAGGAACCACCACAGUUCACAUUGAAGUUGUGGACAUCAAUGAUAACCCGCCCAAAUUUGACCAGUCGCUCUAUGAGGUGCAGAUUCCUGAAAAUAGUCCCCUCAACGCCUUAGUCGCCACGGUUUCUGCCAGAGAUUUAGAUGCUGGGAUACACGGUACUGUAAUCUACUCUCUGUUUCAAGGUGGUGAACUAUCUCAACCGUUUGAAAUAGAUGAAGUCGCAGGAGAAAUUCGUCUUAAAGGGACAUUGGAUUUUGAGGCAACUCCAUAUUAUAACAUAGAAAUCGUAGCGACAGACCCAGGAGGCUUUUCAGGAAAAUGCAGUGUGGCUAUACAGGUGGUGGAUGUGAACGACAACGCCCCUAAACUCACCAUAUCUUCACUCAAUAGUUCCAUCCCAGAAAAUGCUCCUGAGGCUGUAGUUGCUGUAUUUAGUGUUUCUGACCCAGAUUCUGGGGAAAAUGGAAGGAUUGUUUGUUCUAUUCAGAACGAACUUCCAUUUCUUUUGAAGCCCACAUUUGAGAACUAUUAUACUUUAGUAACAGAGAGGCCACUUGAUAGAGAAAGCAGAGCUGACUACAACAUCACCAUCACUGUCUCCGACCUGGGCAUACCCAGGCUCACAACCCAACACACCAUAAUAGUGCAGGUGUCGGACAUUAAUGACAACGCUCCUGCCUUCAACCAAACCUCAUACACCCUGUUGGUCCGCGAGAACAACAGCCCCGCCCUGCACAUAGGCACCAUCAGCGCCACAGACUCCGACACUGGCGCUAAUGCCCAUAUCAGCUACUUGCUACUGCCACUCUAUGAUAUGCAGCUGGCCCUCACCUCUCUGGUCUCCAUCAAUCAAGAAAAUGGGCAGCUGUUCGUGCUCAGGGCACUCGACUAUGAGACCCUGCAGACCUUCGAGUUCAGCGUGGGUGCCACAGACCAUGGCUCACCCGCGCUCAGCAGCCAGGCUCUGGUGCGGGUGGUGGUGCUGGACGACAAUGACAAUGCGCCCUUCGUGCUCUACCCGCUGCAGAACGCCUCUGUGCCCUGCACCGAGCUGCUGCCCAGAGCGGCAGAGCCAGGAUACCUGGUCACCAAGGUGGUAGCUGUGGACUGCGACUCUGGCCAGAAUGCCUGGCUGUCAUUCCAGUUGCUCAAGGCCACAGAGCCCGGGCUGUUCAACGUGUGGGCGCACAAUGGCGAGGUACGCACCACCAGGCUACUGAGCGAGCGCGAUGUGCCCAAGCACAAGCUGCUGCUGGUGGUCAAGGACAAUGGCGAGCAUCAGCGCUCUGCUACAGUCACACUGCACGUGCUGCUGGUGGAUGGCUUCUCACAGCCCUACCUGCCUUUGCCAGAGGUGGCGCGGGAUCCCGUGCAAGAUGAUGAGGAUGUGCUUACACUGUACCUGGUCAUUGCCUUGGCAUCUGUGUCUUCGCUCUUCCUCUUCUCUGUCCUGCUCUUCAUUGGGAUGAGGCUGUGCAAGAGGGCCAGGGAGGCUUCAUUGGGCGUCUGCUCUGUGCCUGAGGGCCACUUUCCUGGCCACCUGGUGGAUGUUAGCGGAACUGGGACUCUGUCCCAGAGCUACCAGUAUGAGGUGUGUCUGACUGGAGACUCUGGAACUGCUUCUCUUCACCUUUCAAAAGACCCAGGGGAUUUCUGGAAAUUUCAGCAGUCUAUUUGAUCCUGAGUAUUAGGGCUCAGAAAUUUUCACUUCAUGUUGUUUUGUAGAUAUGGAAAGCAAGACAGUUCCUUCAGUGGUAUUUGAUUAAUUCCUGAUUUGUUAUUUGGUGCAACUUUGACAUAUUCUCAGUCAAUUUAACUUUUCAAUUGUGUUGACUACUGCAAAAUAUACAAAAGUAUUUGUUCUUAAGUGAUUUGAAUUACAAUGAAUUUAACUGAAUUAUAUAUUGCUUUUAUUCAAUGACCUAAAUAAACUUAUUAUGUGAUUUCUAA